UUUCAGUUUUCCAGUUCUAUCUGGUGCGAAAUAGUCGGCUGUUGAAGUCGAUAAUUUGACCAGCAAACAAACCACUAUCGCAUAAGCUUGAAUUUUAGUUUGAAAAAAUAACGUUUCAAGAACAAUUUGCGAGCCCUGUCAAUUUGUUCGUUACCUAUAGACUAAAUUGGGUGCAUGGCAUUUUUUACGAUAUCAUCAUGAGGCAAGUUCAAAAUUGGUUCGGUCUUAUCGACAUGUCAAUCACGUAGCGAUCAUAUUAAAGCCCUGUUUUCAGCCGUGAUUCCAGCUGCUUGAAAAAAUCAUCUCGCUGAAAUGAAAAUGUUUUUUCAGUGAUUUAUAGAAAAAUGUGUCUGAUUGUUGCAGCUUUUCAGUGAAGAGGGGUUUGAAGUUUUGACUGGAUCUUCAAACAUCACUUCAAAAGAGCUAUUUUUCAUUUUUGUGCAGUUUUUCUCAAUUUUACUGCUCGGGGCGUUCAGAGCUACUUGUUCUCUUCCGCCAAUUUGGAGGAACUUUUUCAAGACGCUGAAUCAAUUUUACCAGGUUAUUUUGACGUUUCUUCAUUUCUUCUUUGUGUUACUUCAUUGGUUAUUUUGACCGCUUGAAAACGAAAUAAAAAAACUUAAUCUUCACUAUUUUUGGCACAGUUUUAGUCGCUUUUGUACUUAGAGAGAAGUUUACUGCCCACAUCUGUCUCCUCUUGUUUGCUGUGAUUUUAAAUCAAACUGUCUUUUCUUGAUUCACUCAGUAUUUGGUUUGGAUUAGUUUGUGUUUCUAGCAACAUUAAGUAUUCAUCAGCUGAAUCAAAAAUUUUUCAUUCGUAGAUUUUGUACAAUGUGAUUAUCGGAAAAUUAAAUUUAAGGAAAAAACAUCUGCUCGAAAAACACAUUUUGGUUUUUGAAUGCUUUUUGAACGCUUUUGAACACAAAAGUCUAUUGAAUUGAAACUGUUGCUUAUCGCCUAUUACGUACUCAAGAAAAUGAAAAUUUUUAUUUUGUUUUUAUCCAAUUUUGUGCAAACUGUAUUUGGUGUCAAAUUUCAUCGAACUACAGCUGACAUCAGCUUAAACCCAUUCAAUCUUCAACCUGAAUUUCUGACCUGGAAAAAUACUCCUGCUCUAUGCACUACGGCUUGUCAAAUAGUUGGGGAUACUGAAAGUCGGCUCGUAAUCAGAUUUGACAAAUGGUCAGGAAAAUGCGAAUGUCUAAUUAACGCCGAAAAUGAGCUCUUCGACAUUUCAAAAACACCCAAAAGUCGAAGUGUAACCUACUUCUAUCCAACGUCGAUAAUCUCUGGAAGCCAGAACUACGCAGAAAAAUGGGGAAGUAUUAAUCUUCACUCAGAGGAUAUUGAAACUGAAAAUGCCUUCUUCCGCAUUUACGAUUCAGAGAACAACGCCUCAAUCUCAAACAUAAAAGCAAAGUGUCUUAUUGGAUGCUCAUCCGUUUAUAUCGAUGUCAACCCACCUUCUGAUCAGCCUGGGGGUUGGAUUCAAUUUUACAAUCUGCAGCCUGGCUCAACUUGCCUUGUGAAUAUCAUAAGUGCUCAUUUUGAUGGCCACUAUGCAGAAAUUAAUCUGAACAAAACUUUCCGUUUUUGUACUCGUCCGAACCUUACAAUCAUUUCGGUAUCUAAAACUAGUGGUGAUGCUCUCAGUGUUGCUCUUGAAUUGGUCGGUCAAUUGGCAACUGGCAGUUUGAUAAUAGAACCAACUCAGCGCUCUCAAAAUUUCACAGCUGACAAUCGGACUAUACUUGUCGAUAACCUCAAUGUACAGCAUGACACAUACACUAUGUCAAUAGUCGCAUCUGUGUCCGAAGAAGAAGUUUGUGGUGAUGCCCCUUCGCCUCUAAGUGUUUAUGAAGAAGUUCUUUAUUAUUCAGGGUAUGAAUUGGUGCUCCCUAAGUAUUACUGCAGACAUGAAUUUGCUAAUGGGAAUUGUAACCAGUACUUGUUGCAUCUCACAGCAGACGAGUGUGCUGCAAAAUGCGAAGCCAACGAGAUUCCAGCUGGGUGUGACCAGUCAAAUGUGGAAUGCAACCUUUUCUCAUACACUCCUACAAGCGGAGGAACAAGAUGUUAUUUACAAACGGCAUGUGAUUCCUCUCAAUUGAUCAGUCACGUUGAAUGGGCGAUCUUUAGACGGCAAUUGACACUUCUGCCACAGCUCGCAGGUCAAGUGUUUGUGGAGAAUUACAGGAUGAAAUGGGCUCAGUAUGUAUGCUCUUCUUUGUAUGUUGGAGGUGGUUGUCCUUGGAAGAGUGCCAAUAGUUAUUCCGAGUGUGCACAUUAUUGCAACCAAAACCUCCUUACAGAUGAGUGCUUGCACAAUGCGGACCCAGCUACAGUCAAAUGUGUUGCCUUUUCUUUCAUAAACACUCUCAACUACUGCGGGUUGUCAUCCAAUUGUGAAACUAGCACCUACCGAAUUCAUACUUUUACUUUUACGAGAGUGUGACAAUGAGUUUCGUGACCCACGCCAGAAAAGUCGUUCUGUCUGAAACAACAACUAUUGAUGUCCAAAGCUCAAAUUUAAAACUCGGAGAAACGUGAUGGCAGG